AUGAAUCAAUUAAAUAUAUCGCAUAAUUGGAAAAUAAAAUCAUUUACAUCAAUUACAUUUUGUGAUCACUGUGGUAGUAUGUUAUGGGGUAUUUGCACACAAGGAUUUCAAUGCUCCGAUUGCAACUUUAGCGCACAUUCCCAUUGUACAAAUUUAGUCACAUUACACUGUAAUAAUAAUAAAAAUAAUAGUAAACCAAAUGAAAAACCAGCAACAAUAACAGCAGCAGCAGCAUCAUCAUCAACUACAACUACAACCACUACAGAAACAUCAACAAAUACAGCAGCAUCAACAACAACAACAACAAAUAAUAUAGAUAUUAAAAAUAAAGAUAAAACACCAACAACAUCACCAUUUUCAUCACCAAUUUUAUCAUCAUAUAAUAAUAAUAGUGGUAAUGAAUUUUGUAGUAAUAGACAACAUAAAUUUCAUAAAACAUCAAAAUCAAUUACAAAAUUUUGUAAUUAUUGUAGGGAGACAACAUUUACAAUCUCUGGUGAACCAGUGAUGUGUAGUGAAUGUAGAUAUAUUGCACAUGGACAUUGUCAAACAAAGGUACCAUUAAAUUGUAUUAUACCCUAUUCAUCACCAAUCAAUACGAUCAAUGAUGGUGGUAAUGUUAGACAUCAUUGGGUUGAAGGUAAUUUAAAAAAGAGUAAAAAGUGUAUACAUUGUAUGGAACCAUGUGAAAAAUCAUUCUCUUUAGCUCAUUAUAAAUGUUUAUGGUGUCAUAAAUAUUUACAUAGUUCAUGUUUUGAUAAACAUAAUCCAAUUUGUGAUUUUGGUUCAUUAUCUGAUAUGAUUUUACCACCUUCUUCAAUUAGAUUAUUAUCAACAACAGCAACUACUACAAAUAAAAUUGAAAAGUUAAUAAUUGAAGAACAACAACCACAAUUAUCAUCAUCACCAUCUUCACCAAGAUUAAAUAUUAAUAAUAAUAAUAAUAAUAAUGAAAUUAUUGAAUGGGAAUUAAUUGAAAAUUCAAAUAUGCCAGAAAAAGUUUUAUUUGUAUUUGUAAAUUCAAAGAGUGGUGGUCAAUUUGGUAGUACAUUAAUUAGAAAGUUAUCAUCAUUAUUGAAUCCUUUACAAAUUAUAGAUUUAAUUAAAUGUGGUGGACCAGAUUCAACCUUACAAAUGAUUAAUAGAUAUUUAGCAAAACAUCCAGAACAAACCAAUAGAUUUAGAAUUUUAGUUUGUGGUGGUGAUGGUACAGUUGGUUGGUUAUUUAAACAAAUGACAAAACAUUUGGUUCCAUCAACUAUACCCAUUGGUAUUAUACCAUUGGGUACUGGUAAUGAUUUGGCACGUUCGUUAGGUUGGGGUAUUGGAUAUGAUGGUGAAAAGCUAAUUGAAAUCUUAAAGAGUAUAAAUGAAGCUAAAACAAUUCAAAUGGAUACUUGGAGUAUUGAAAUGUGGGAUGACGAUAAACCCGAAGAUCGUAGAGUCAUCGAAAUGAAUAACUACUUUAGCAUUGGGUUGGAUGCAAUGGUGGCAUUGGGUUUUCAUUUAGCAAGGAAUGCAAAUCCUCAACUUUUCACAGGUCGUACAGUUAAUAAACUUUGGUAUACAAAGAUUGGUCUUGAGGAAUUUGUUACAAAGAAUUUCGUUAGUCUAGCUAGAAUCGUUAAAAUUAAUGUGGGAACUCGGGAAAUUAGAGUCGAUAGAUCCAUUGAGGGUAUUAUCAUCCUCAAUUUAGGUAGUUAUGCUGGUGGUGUGGACUUAUGGGGUGCCAAUAGAAAAGAUAACCAAACUCAUAGUGAUGGCACUGGUAAUCAGUUUAUCGAUGAUCAAACUUUGGAGAUUGUUGGUGUCACUAGUUUACCCCAUUUAGGUAGUUGUUUAAGUUCAAUUAGUUCUCCAAUUAAAAUGGGUCAAGCUGAUGAAAUUCGUAUUCAAGUAUCAAUGCCUUCAAUCAUUUUAAAGGAUAAAAGUAAUGAAAUUGAAACUGCUUUUCAAGUCGAUGGUGAACCUGAACCAAUUGAAGUUAGAAAUUGUACUUUUAAAAUAUCUUUCUUUAAAAAGGUUUCAAUGUUAUCAAAUCGUUCUUUUAAACCUAGAAUUGAAAAUCAUGAUUCUGAUUUAUCAACUUUUCAAAUAUCUCAAUCACCAAAUCUUUAUUCUCCACCUUCUUUUAAAAAUCCACCACCAAAUUUAAAUCAAUAUCAACAACCACAUCAACCACCUCAAUCACAACCUCAACCUCAACCUCAACCUCAACAAUCACUUCAAUCACCCCAAUCACCAGAACCGAUAAAUAAUAAUACUAAUAAUAAUAAUAAUAAUAACAAUAAUAAUAAUAAUAAUAAUAAUAAUAAUAAUAAUAAUAAUAAUAAUAAUAAUAAUAAUAAUAAUAAUAAUAAUAAUAAUAAUAAUAAUAAUAAUAAUAAUAAUAGUAAUAAUAAUAAUAAUAAUAUUUCAAAUGAUCUCACGAAUAAUAGUGAAGUUAAUCCUGAGAAAAGUACUAAUAAUGAAAAAACUAAUGAUAAUAAUAAUAAUAAUAACAACAAUAUAAAUACUCCUUUUGAACCAAUUUCAUUACCAGAUGAAAAUAAUAAUAAUAAUAAUAAUAAUAAUAAUAAUAAUAAUAAUAAUAAUAAUAAUAAUAAUAAUAACGAAACAAAUUCUGAGAAAAGUUAUACAAAUAAUUGUGACGAAGUUGACUGA